AGCAGUUUGUCAUGAAUAUUCUUCAAAAUUUGUCAAAAUUUAGCGUUUUGAUAAAACUUGUAUUCGCGGUUUUGUAAUUUAAGCUUUUCUUAUGGGCUCAAGAGGGCAAUACAAACGAUAUGCAGUUGAUUCCACUGUUGAUCUUCCAAGAAGAACAAAAUAUAGACGACGAAAGCAGUUGCGUGCUACGAUGGAGAUAGAUCAAGCAACUUCAUCUGAUAUGAUUCAAUUUCAUCAAAAUGAUCAAGAGACACAGGCACAGGCAUGUCAGGAGAAUGGAAAAAUUGAUGUUGAUUUCCAGCUUAGUAAUAAUGGCCUUGGACAUGAAGCACUGCAGGUUUUAAACAUCGAAAAUGGUGAUGAAGAAAUAUAUCCUGGUGCUCUUAUAACAAAGUCUCAAAGUGUUCUCCUGCUCGUCGCAUUUUUAUUAAAGAACAAUUUAACAGAUGCAGCUUUGACUGAUCUACUCGACAUUUUGAGUUUGAUUUUGCCGAGCACGUUUCCAUCCAGCAAGUAUAAGUUCUACAAAGCAAUUCAAGUGGAGGAAUCUCAGGCUCAUUUUUAUUGCGAGUCAUGUUUGUCGUACAUUGGAACAAGCGCAGAAAGCACAAAGUGUGAUGAAUGUGAUACACCUUUCAAUCGCGAAAACAGCAUGAAGAACGGCACCUUUUUUUCUUCAUAUUCCACUAAAAGAACAACUUAA